AUGAGACGCUCGCUAGUUCACAUCUUCAAUGUCGUAUCCCAGUUGUGCAAAGUGUGCGGGGAACCGGCGGCGGGCUAUCAUUUCGGCGCUUUCACCUGCGAAGGAUGCAAGUCAUUCUUCGGUCGGACCUACAACAACCUCUCGGCACUAGGCGAAUGCAAAAACAAUGGUCAGUGCAUCAUCAAUAAGAAAAAUCGGACGUCCUGUAAAAGUUGUCGACUGAAGAAAUGUCUUCUGGUCGGAAUGUCGAAGAGUGGCUCCCGCUACGGACGAAGAUCGAACUGGUUCAAGAUCCAUUGUCUGAUCCAGGACCAGGCCGAAAUGAGCUCCAGGCUCGGCGAGCAGCAAGCUCUAUACGAACAACAAGUGGACGCUCUCACUCGUCGACAAUCGCCAUCGUCACCGAACUUCGAGCGUCCCAGUCUCUCACCGGUGACUUAUCCUCCACCGAGCUCCUCGGCUGGAACAACGACAUCGAACGCCGCUCGGAGUCCAACCCCUUCGGAAGCGUCUCCAGUCUCAAAAAAAUUGCAACAGACUCCAGAGAACCUUCUUUUUCAUCCCAGCUCGCCAGUAUCGCCCGUGUCCGCCAUGACUCCUUCGAAAUUCCUCUUCCAAUCGGCCGCGCUUCUCGGUGGAAAGCACAAAAUCUCGGAUUUUCCCUACUCCCUGGCCUCCCGUUAUCAAGCAGCCGCCGCAGCGGCUGCCGCGGCUGCUGCCGCCAACGGUCUCCUGCAUCUGCCCUCGGUAUUCCCUCAAGCGGCCGGCGGUCUGAAACAGCCGAGACCGUCGGACAUUUAUCCUUUAUUCGGCGUGCCCUCGCAGCCUUUGAUGAUGAAUAGCUCUGAUGAAGAGUUCGCAGGAGAUGUCCCGGAACAGGACACCCCGAUCGACCUGAGUCUGAAGAAAGACAACACCUCGAUGGACAACGCAUCCAGCUGCGAGAGCGACAUCGAUGUCGACGACGAGCGUAAAUCGAAUAGCGGAGUUCUGACUCCGACUUCUGAAGAAGCAUCAGAUUGCGCUACGAUGACGCAGGAAACGAUCGUACCGUCCACUCCGCUUGAUCUGACUGGGCCUAUCAAGAGUAAUUAG